AUGUCGCCGUCGUCCAACGGCGAUUCUCCGCACUCGGCAACGGCCACGAUGACGGCGGCUGCCGCAGCGGGUGUUUCCAGGCAGUUUCCGCUGCCAAACCGGGAUUUUUCGGUCGAGAUUCCUUCCCCCCAGCUCGCUGCCGCCCCCAACGGCGCGAACACGCUGAAGUCGCCAAACUCGCUCAAGGCUGCUGCUGCUGCACGGACGCCGAGCUUCAGCCGGGAGGGCAUCCUUGGCUCGGCGCAGAAAGCUCGAAAUCUCUCCCAAUCAUCCGAGAAUAGGCCAGAGUCGGUCCAGAAUGGUAUCCCGAAGUCGACAAGCGAAGAGAGCAUCAACAGUAUCAACCCAUUAAAGAGGAGAAACACGGAUGCCGCAGUGGAUUACCCGAGGCGGAGAGCCACCAUUGCCUGUGAGGUGUGUCGUUCGAGAAAAUCGAGAUGUGACGGUACGAAACCGAAGUGCAAGCUCUGCACAGAGCUGGGCGCCGAAUGCAUCUACCGGGAGCCGGGUAUCAAGCUGGACGCCGGAGACAAGCUCAUCCUGGAGCGCCUGAAUCGAAUCGAGAACCUCCUUCAGAUGACCGUGGUUGGUGGCCAUGGCAACGGCAUUGGCUUGUCCCACGACUCGCCCAACAUGAGCAAUGGAACUGCCUUGAGCGGCGACAAUCUGAUGAUGCAGAAUGCUAACAGCAACUUCGUCUCCAUCAUCCCCAGCGGCGGCCUGGGCACUUGGUCCGCGACCGCCACCAACAUAUCCACCAUGCCCAAGGUGCACACCAACGCGGCUCUACACCUGUUGCAAUGGCCGCUAAUUCGGGACUUGGUGUCCCGGCCUUAUGACCCCCAAAUCCUCCUUCAGCUCGAAAUGGCCCGGGAACCGCUGCACUCCCUCGCCAAAACUCCCUGCGUGGACUUGUCCAAUACCAACGCGUACAUCGAAGCAUACUUCGACCGAGUCAACAUCUGGUACGCCUGCGUCAACCCGUACACCUGGCGCAGCCACUACCGCAUCGCGCUGUCCAACGGGUUCAGGGAAGGACCUGAGAGCUGCAUUGUGCUUCUCGUUUUAGCCCUCGGGCAGGCGAGUUUGAGGGGGAGCAUAUCGAGGAUUGUCCCACACGAGGAUCCGCCAGGUCUCCAAUAUUUCACGGCUGCUUGGUCGCUGCUCCCCGGCAUGAUGACCUCCAAUAGCGUGCUUGCCGCGCAGUGCCACCUGCUCGCCGCGGCCUACCUGUUCUACCUGGUGAGGCCCCUGGAGGCCUGGAACUUGCUUUGCACCACGAGCACGAAGCUACAGCUUUUGCUCAUGACGCCCAACCGAGUCCCCACCGACCAGCGGGAGUUGAUUGAGAGGAUUUACUGGAACUCGCUCCUCUUCGAGAGCGAUUUGCUGGCCGAGCUGGACCUGCCCCACUCGGGCGUCGUGGCAUUCGAGGAAAACGUCGGCCUCCCCUGCGGCUUUGAAGGCGACGAACAGGAAGCGGUUGGGCGAGACGAGUUGUGGUAUUUCUUGGCUGAGAUCGCGUUGCGCCGGCUCUUGAACCGCGUCAGCCAGCUUAUCUACUCCAAGGACUCGAUGGCAUCGACCACCAGCCUCGAGCCGGUCGUCGCCGAGCUGGACUUCCAGCUGACGCAGUGGUACGAGAGUCUGCCCGUGCCCCUGCAGUUCCCCUUUACGCGCACCAUGCUGCCUGAUCCGGUGCAGACGGUGCUGAGGCUGCGCUUCUUCGCCUGUCGAACCAUCAUCUACCGGCCAUACAUCCUCGCCGUGCUGGAUAACGAGCAGGCGAUAUUGGACCCCGCGGUGCGGGACAGUUGCACCAAGUGCCUAGAAGCCUCAAUCCGGCAAUUGGAACACAUCACUGCGCAUCACGCCGGGCAUAUGCCGUACCUUUGGCAAGGGGCGCUUUCUAUCGUGUCGCAGACGUUACUCGUCAUGGGCGCUACCAUGUCGCCGUCUCUUUCUACUAUACUCUGGAGCCUCGUUCCCCACCGCGAGGCCAUCGACCAGAUCAUCAACGAUGUUGUCAUGGAGAUUGAGCGUUAUGCCGUCCUCUCUCCUAGUCUCAGCCUCUCGGCUGAGAUCAUCAAGGAAGCCGAAGUUCGGCGCCGGACCUUUUUGAGUGGUUGA